AUGGCACCCCUCGACCUGCUCUGGCAGCCGGUCCUGGCCGUGUGGUGCCACCUUGGGUGGGCAGAGGGGGCUUUCCUGCAAGGAGACACGCGUGUGCCGGUGGCUGAGCUGGCUGUGGGCAGAAACAGCACUGAAAAUGCUACUGCCACACCUGUGACGACAAGCCCACCAGCUACAGGAAACAGCACUGAAAAUGCUACUGCCACACCUGUGACGACAAGCCCACCAGCUACAGGAAACAGCACUGAAAAUGCUACUGCCACACCUGUGACGACAAGCCCACCAGCUACAGGGGACCCGUGCAACCCAGACCCUUGUGGAAAAAAAUUGGCUAAAUGUGUUGCUUUAUAUAGUACUUUUACUUGCCUGUGCCAAUAUGGAUUCUACUAUAGCAACAAGGAUUGUCACAGAGGGAAAAUAUACCCAGGGGUCAUUAAACUGAAAGGAUUUUACAGUGAUAGCGUUCAAACUGUAAAUUCCACGCAGUAUGAAGAGGUGUUCCAAAAUACAACAAUGUUUUUUAAGGAUGCCUUCAAAUAUUUAGCAGGCUUUGAACAGACUGUCAUCGUGGAAAUUCAACCUGUAAAAGAAGGCAGAGCUUCUCUUCCAAUGAGUGUAACAGUGACAAACCUGUUUAUGGAGAACUCAACUGUAAACACUGAGGAAGUUAGUUCUGCAAUAACUGAUGCAGUAAAAAAUUCACCCUACAUCUCUCAGUACAGAGCUACAACCUACUGUGCUGCUUUUAAAUGUGAUGUUCAGACCACAAACUGCGUAGAAAGUAUGUUUCCAAAAUGCAUAUGCAAAAGUAGUUUCUCAAAGACAGAAUGGGAUGAUCGUUCUUGUUCAGAUUGCAGUAAAGACUGUUCUGCAGAAGAAAACAAGUACUGUGCAAAAGAAAAAGGGACUCCAACAUGCAAAUGCAUGCCUAACUUUGAAAAGAACAAUGACAAAUGUGUACCUUGUCCAGUGGGCUACUCUGGGGAGAACUGCAAGAACAAUAGUGAACUCAUCCUUAUAAUAGUGGGUACAGUGUUUGGAGCCAUUAUCCUGAGUUUAGUGAUAGCAGUCUCUAUUGUUUCAGUAAGAGCCCAACGCAAACAAGAUCCAGAGGAGAAAAGACUGAUAAAGUCAGGAAAUUCCAACCCAAAUACCUCUGAUGACAGACCGACCACAAUGUUCCCCAGAGUCCAGACCACUUCUGGCCAUGGAAACCCAGGAUAUCAGCCAAACAACCCAUAUGAGAUGCGUUCCUCAAAUAGAGGUCAUUUUCCGGAGAGGGAUUAUGAAGAUUUCUAUGAAGCAUCACGGGAGUCUGAGGGCUUUAGGAUGCAGAGCAGAUACUAAGUGACCAGAGUGGUAGAAGGAAGGAUGGAUGACCACCGCGACCAUGGGUCAGACCAAAGAGUUUCACAGCCUCUCAGCAAUGCAGUUACUUCGGCAGAAAAGACAACAAAGUCCAUAACCCCAGAUUAUCUGAAGAUUUCUAAAGGAAGACCCCUGCUUGAAAGAGAUCAUGGACAACUCUCUGAAAUAAGGGAAAAAUGAAGGAAAGAGUAUGGAGAAGAAGAUGACUUUUAAAAGAACUAACGGACUCCAAUAAACAUUAGACUUCUUUCAGGAGGCCAGUACAUAGGCAAGAGAGUGAGGGUAGACAAGAUACCAGGAUUUUAACCCUGCUGUUUUCAGUUCUUCUGGAAGAUGGUCCAGGCAAUAUGCAUGAUGCUGAAAAAUGUCAACACCCAGAGCUUUGCCUGUAUUUGUGCUCACUCCAUUUCAGCUACAGGCAGCCUGCAUGGCUUUGGACAGAUCAAAACUAUUCUUCAUGAGAACCUAACCUGUUUCUCUCUACUGUAUCAAAUACAGUCUUUUUCCCCUCCUUAACCCCCCAAUAUUUCCUGUCUGAAAGCAUUCUGUUUGGAUCUCUACUGACAUGCAUUGUGUGAGACAAAGGUACUUGUCUGACCUUUUACGCAGCCUUCCUUCCCAAUACAAUGACAAGAAACAACAUCUUCAAAUAAACUCUGUUGUUCUCCAUCUUGCACAACGACACUGAUUUUACAUUCUCAGCUCCUGUGAAAAGUGCAAGCUUUUUUUUUUUUCCCGCUUGCACUCUUUAUGUUCUGAUUGAAUGAUCUUAUGGUUGGGUUUUUUUAAAUUUCUUACAUACACUCAAUAAAUCUGU